AUGGCGGACGUUUUCUCCUUCUCCUCCAUCCCCGUCGUCGACUUCAGUCGGCUCCAGAACCCGGAGACCAAAGAUGAGGCCCUGGCGGAGCUGCGACAGGCCAUCUUCGUCGUUGGGUUUUUGUAUUUGACGAAUACCGGCUUGGAGAAUCUCAUCCGUGACACGCAUGAGAAGCUUCCGGGGUAUUUCGCCUUGUCCGAUGAGCUCAAGGAAGAAUGCAAUAUGAUCAAUUCGCCCUGCUUCCUGGGUUAUACGCGGUUGGGCGCUGAGACGACCGCGGCCCGGACCGAUUUGCGCGAGCAAUUCGAUUUCGGGACGCCGGGAAUGAAGUCGUGGAAGGAGGGCGACCCGUUCUGGCAGCGACUCGAGGGCGACGGGCAGUAUCCGCGCCAUCCCGACAUCAAGCAAACGGUCGACGAGUACAUAUCCCAGUUGUCCCGGUUGGCCGUCGAAUUCGUCCACUACGUCGCCGAAUCGCUCUCCCUCCGCCCGACCACCUUCGACUCGUUCAAGGGCGGCAUGGAUCGGUUGAAAUUCGUCAAAUACCCUGCCUCCCCUCCCGACUCGCAGGGAGUCGGCCCUCACAAGGAUUCCACCGGUCUCUUCACGUUCCUGUCGCAGGACGACGCGGGCGGACUGCAGGUGCUCAACAAGAACGGGGAGUGGAUCGACGCGCCGCCCAUCCCAGGUAGUCUGGUGGUGAAUAUUCAGCAGGGAUUCGAGGCUAUCACUGGUGGCGUUUGUCCUGCGACGACGCAUAGGGUUAUUUCCCCUACAAACCGCACGAGAUAUAGCAUCCCCUUCUUCCAAGGCGUCAGACUCGAUCUGACGCUGGACCGACUCAAGGAGUCUGCGGCGCAUAUUGUCAAGCAGAUCCCGGCGUCCGACGACAGGAAGAAGAGGGCCGUGGAUGUCCCGAGCGAGUUCCUGUCGCCGUUGUAUUCCUGCUUUGGCGAAGCGUAUCUGCGGAAUCGCAUCUUGAGCCAUCCGGACGUUGGACGGAGAUGGUAUCCGGAAUUGUAUGAGAAGUACUCGAGGCAGGUGUUGAAAUGA